AUGGGGGUCAGCAUGGACGCCGGCGACACGCAGUUCACACGGAUCCCGUGCCCCCCCAGCGACGCCGCUGCGGCCUUCGCGAGCCCCACGACGCCGUGCUUCGAGCUGGUGUAG